GUGUGUGUUUGUCCAUGAGGUGUGGAGACGCCUGCUAUUCUUGCGGUCUGUGACGGAGCGAUCCGAGCGAAGCGCUGCCAUGGCCGGAAUGUUUGACAUUGAUUUGGACCAGCCGGAGGAAAACGUCUCCGACGAUGAUGAGAACGAGGAGGUUCAAAUCGGUGACAUCAUGGACCAGUGCAGUGGAUUUGAGUUCAACAUGGACGACUGUGAGAAGAUUGAGAUAUCGGAGGACAACGUCAACCAGGGGACGGAGAACAUCAGACCCGAGUGCUUUGAGCUGCUGCGGGUCCUGGGGAAAGGUGGUUAUGGAAAGGUCUUUCAAGUUCGAAAAGUUGUUGGAGCUGCAUCAGGCAAAAUAUUUGCCAUGAAAGUUUUAAAAAAGGCUAUGAUUGUACGCAACGCCAAGGACACGGCCCACACGAAGGCAGAGAGGAACAUCCUGGAGGAGGUGAAGCAUCCCUUCAUAGUUGAUCUCAUCUACGCCUUCCAGACCGGAGGGAAGCUGUACCUCAUCCUGGAGUACCUGAGCGGAGGAGAACUGUUCAUGCAGCUGGAGAGGGAGGGCAUCUUCAUGGAAGACACAGCCUGUUUCUACCUGGCUGAGAUCUCCAUGGCUCUGGGCCACCUGCACCAGAAGGGCAUCAUCUACAGAGACCUGAAGCCAGAGAACAUCAUGCUCAACAACCACGGGCAUGUGAAGUUGACAGACUUUGGAUUGUGUAAAGAGUCAAUUCACGACGGCACAGUCACCCACACUUUCUGCGGUACCAUCGAAUACAUGGCCCCAGAGAUCUUGAUGAGAAGCGGACACAACAGAGCAGUAGACUGGUGGAGUCUGGGCGCUCUGAUGUACGACAUGCUCACAGGAGCGCCACCGUUCACUGGUGAAAACCGCAAAAAAACCAUUGACAAGAUCCUGAAGUGUAAGCUCAGCCUCCCACCCUACCUCACACAAGAAGCAAGAGAUCUCCUGAAACGGUUGUUAAAGAGGAACGCCUCGUCGCGGCUGGGAGCGGCAGCAGGAGACGCCACAGAGGUGCAGGCUCAUCCCUUCUUCAGACACACCAACUGGGAGGAUCUACUGGCUCGGAAAGUGGAGCCCCCCUUCAAACCUUUCCUGCAAUCAGCUGAAGACGUGAGUCAGUUCGACUCGAAGUUCACCAGCCAGACGCCGGUCGACAGCCCGGACGACUCGACGCUCAGUGAAAGUGCCAAUCAAGCCUUCCUGGGUUUCACAUACGUUGCUCCGUCAGUCCUGGAAAACAUCAAAGAGAGGUUCGCAUUUGAGCCAAAAAUCCGCUCACCUCGACGCAUCGUGGGCAGCCCGAGAACACCUCUCAGCCCAGUCAAGUUCUCAGGCGGGGAGUGCUGGGCCCGGAGCCCCCUUCUCCCUGGCGCAGGACCAAGUGUCCUCCAGUCACCUCAGGACCAGGCCAUGGAGCUGUCCACCCCGGAGCAGAUGGAUGUCACAACCAGCUCCGAGGCCUCGGCCCCUCUUCCCAUCCGUCAGCCUGCCGGGGUCAACCUGGGCCAGAUGAAGCAGCAAGCCUAUCCCAGCAUGGCCAAGCGGCCCGAGCAUUUACGUAUGAACCUAUGACCCACCGCGCCUCCGUAGGAAAGUUCAUUUAUUGACUCUUUUUUUAAUUUAAUUUUUUUUUUUUUAAGAAACAAAGCAAAAAGAUAUGGAUGCUGGAGACGAUUCAAAUCCAAAAUUGCACAUCCGCACACUCCAUAUACUGUCACAACCUGGAGUUAGUGCGUGGGUCUGCGGCUCCGGCGUGCUGCAGUUGAGGCCUCGCCGCUUCUCCUCCGACACCUCAGGUCUCAUGACCUGUGUCUUCUGAACUGGACUAGUAGGACUGGAAACCCCUUUCUUGAGGAGCCACAGCCUUUUUGUGCGACCUGGAAAUCAAAAAGGCGACAACGUAUCGCACAGUAUGCAAGCUAUUUACUCUAAAAUGCCGUCAGUCUACUGUAUAAGACGACGUCCAAAGUGCUUCGUGCUAUUUGAAUGAAUGCCGGUGAGGCAAACUGCUUUCAUUGGGAGAUUUUGAAAGUUCUUCUCAGACAAAAAAAAAGUAAAAAUGCUUCCUGGCUCUGAAUGAAAUGAUAUAAAUUAGGUUAAUUAUUGAAAAAGAAUUGAGCAUUGUGAGCAGAGGUUCUGGUAUUGAUGAAUAUACACAAUGGAUGCAUUAACUGUGCUUAUACAUCAAUGAUGAAACAAAGAGCCGAGAUUCAAAAAGAGAGAAACCUUGACUUUUUACGUUCUUUCGGCAUUAAAGGCGUAUUUGAUGUGGGAACCGUACUUUGAUUCUCUGCUCUUAAGGCGUGCUACACUGCAGGACGAAUCGCUGGAUUAGUUGACACGUCAGACAUAAUUCAGCUUGAUCACCGCGACCACCCGAAAAUGUCUCACUGAUCUGGGUGCUGCUUUGUGUGACCACAAUCUGAGCGCUGACAGGACCGUCAGACCCCCGACUGACCCCCGGAGUGAGCUCAUACUGGAGACUGUGGCACCAGUUGAUCUGGAUCCUCAGUUGUGGGGUUUGAUGCUCAGAAAACUCGGGGCAACAUUCACAGCGUCUGACAUCAGCUCACUUGUUUAGGAGGGAAGUUUUAGAAACCCCGAAAAAGCAAGGAAAAUUCUAAUAAAAUAAAAAUAAAAAGUG